AUGAACGCAGGACGUGAAGACUAUGAGCGACCGCCCCUCGUCAAGCCGCUUGACGACGCUCGACGUCGCACGCAUGGUCGAGAAAACGUCGAGGGGGCGUUGCUGUACGACCCCUAUAGCUCAGUUCCCGCGUCGCCUAACGGCAACAAGCAGAUCUUUGUCUACUUUGACCCCGUGCACCUCUGGAAGAACAUCUACAGCAGCUUCCACAACAACGGUUACAUGGUGCUGCCCAGGUGUCCUGGGGCUGAAGAGCCGGAGAGGGCGAGGACGGCCCGAUUCUCGAGCCUGAAGGCGCUGGCCAGCUGGGAGAACUACAAGUCGGUCAAGGCCGGCUACAAGCUGACCCAGAAGGUGCUGGCGCCCUCCUCCAUCGAGAAGCAGAGCGUCGGGCUCAUCCUGGCGGUCGUCAACCCCUACACGGUCGCCGGGCUGAGGCUCCUCGCCAAGACCACGGGCAAGGAGGAUCACAGGGACACGGCCGACGUCCUCGAGAUGUUCCAGAGGAUGAUCUCGGUGAUGAACGUGCGCGGGCAGGGGCAGGACGUGCGCUGGAAUGACAAGUACCGCUGCGUGCUGAGGCCAAGGGCAGGAGGUGACGAGGGCGGGGAAGGAGGCGUCGAGGACCAGGCAGGCCGUUUUGAUGAGCAGUCAGAGGCCAACAUCAAGUUCCUCCAGGAGAUUGGCGAGAUUUGCAAGGUUUGGGCCGGCAAGGAGAAGAAGAAGAGGGGGACAAAGAUCGGCAGGCUGCCGACACCCACCGCCUCGGCUCUGCACAUCACGUGCAAUGCCCUGCCCGCCUCCUGCAGGGACAUCAUCCUCCGCAAGAUCCCCGGGGUCGAGUAUGUGUGCAUGGGGAAGGCCAACUCUGACCCGACUGAGCACUCUUUCGGCAAGCGCCGCACCAUGUGCGGCGCCAACUACUGGACGAGCGUGCAGAACUUCAUGGUGAGCAACAGGUUGGCCCAGCGCCUGCAUUUGCUGAAGCUCGUCGGGUUCUUCCCCGGGGACGUGCAGGCCGACCUGGACCGGGCCAAGGCAGAGGAGAAGGAGGACGACGAGGUGAUCUUGGCCCAGCUUGCCAGGGAGCUGGCCGACGACCAGCCGGACCCGCCGACGGACGAGUUGCUCCUCGCCGCGGUCGGCAACUACGCCGGCUACCUGGCCAGGAAGGUCCAGGCCAACUCCUCUGUGGCCGAGUGCUGCAAGCAGGAGCUUGCCCAGCAGGAGGAGAUGAAGAUUACCGUGGAGCUCGAGAGGGGCGACCCGCCCUCUGUGAUGUUCGACGCCCUGGUCGAGCUGGUCGACAGGGGAGAGCUGGAGACGGGCCGGGCGGUCCUGAAGCGGCCAUCUCCCAAUGGCCCACAUGGCGUCCUUCGGGAUGUCGCUGUGGGACUCCCUGAUGCACGGAGGACAAGAAGGAGCGCAGGUUGAGGUUCCUCUCCCUUGCCAUGCGCCACAGGGACGGGUUCAGGCACCUCCUGGAGUUCCUGGCGGCCUCAGACCCGACCUUGCAGGGGUACAGGUGCCAGGAGGGGCACAACCUGGCCAACACCAUCUUGCCGCACA